AUGCAGAACGGACGUUUACUGCGUUUGGGGGCUCAACCCCAGGUAGGGGUGCGAGAAAUUCAAGAACUGAAGAACAAGUUCGUGGAAAAGGGUUUCCAACCAGAAGAAAAUAUCCGGACCUUCGAGGGUGCCUUGGGGUAUUUAUUGGGGACCUCCCCAGAACAGCUGCUGGCGGCUUGUCGAGGUCUUUUUCCCUUACCCAUGAAGCCUGGAUUUAACCUUUGCCAGGCGUGGGGAAACUUCGCGGCAUGGAUUUAUGCUAUCCGCCGCGAGGGCAUGUCGGCCGAACUAGCACAAUUGGGCAAAAGACUGUAUUAUCAGCUUCGGGCGGCUCAGGCGGCGAAGGAAACCCCGGAGUCAACAUCCAAACCCUUGCCAAUGCCAUCGGGGAUCCCAGAAAGGAGAACGACCCGAGUUUUCAGGCGGCUCAGAAAGCGAAGAAACAUUCCUCCCCUCCUAGCUAUGCGCGUUGUUUUCGAUGUGGACGCGCAGGGCACUACAGGACAACUUGCUAUGUGCAGGUGA